AUGGCAGAGAAAGACAUCUACCGUACAGGCCGCAAGUGGUAUGACUGGUAUCACCCCAGCGAUACCAAAGAGGAGCGCAAACUCAUCGCCAAACUCGACGUCCUCAUCGUCAGCUAUGCCUUUGUCACUUACUGGGCCAAAUACCUCGACCAGAGCAACAUCAAUAAUGCAUACGCCUCAGGCAUGUCCGAAGAUCUGAAUUUCCAUGGCAAUGAACUCGUACACUUCCAGAUCAUGUAUAAUUUGGGUGCUGUGUUGGGGCAGAUACCCUUUGCACUGCUGUUUCCAAAAAUCCGCAUGAAUAUUCUCGUGCCGGCUUUGGAUAUCCUGUGGGGUGUUUUUACACUGCUGCAGUAUAGGUCGCAGGGGUAUUCGGAGAUCAUGGCGUAUCGAUUUUUGGUGGGGUUGUUUGAGAGCGCAUUCUUCCCGGCUGUACACUACGUGCUAGGUGACUGGUAUCGCGGUGAUGAGAUCAGCAGAAGAGGCGGUAUCUUCUAUGUUGGACUUACCUUGGGUACUCUUACUGCCAGUCUGAUUCAAGGUGCAUGCUCUGCACAUCUUGACGGUGUUCGUGGUUUAGCUGGAUGGCGCUGGAUGUUCAUCAUCAACGCCGUAAUCACCCUACCGCUCGGCAUAAUCGGCGUCUGGGUCUGGCCCGGCACACCCUCAAACUCCAAAAGCGUGUUCCUGUCAGAACAAGAAUUGACGCUUGCAAGACAACGACUGGAAAGAGCAGGCCACACCAGCGACCACAAACCCUUUUCCCUCACUCUUCUCAAAAAGGUCUUUUUCGGCUACAAACUCUGGAUCCUCGUCAUCUGGGACAUUUUCUUCUGGAACGCUUGCCUCAACGCCAGCACUGCCCCUUACCUCCUCUGGCUAAAGAGUUUGAAGAAAUAUCCAAAAUCUCGCUUGAAUGAUUUGAGCGCUACAGCUCCAGGCCUAGGCAUCUUUUACGUGCUGUUCAUUUGCUUUGGAGCAGAUUUGGUGUUUGGAAGAGCUGGUGCCAUCACCAUUGCUCACUCGUGGAAUUUGAUUGGUGUGUGCAUCUUGUUGGUUUGGGAUGUAUCACAGGCUGCCAAAUUCUUUGCGUACAAUACGUCUUAUUCGGCUGUUGCCAUGUCUUCUGUGCUCUAUGGUUGGGCAAACGAUAUCCUCAAACACAAUGUCAACGAAAGAGCACUUACCUUGGUAGUCAUGAACGCCAUAGCUCAAUCAACCACAGUGUGGACACCCCUGAUUUUCUGGAAAACAGUCGAGGCACCGAGAUAUACCAAGGGUUUUUCUUUUACAGCGGCAAUGGCGGUGUGUCUGAUUGGCAUGACGUGGAUUGUUAAUUUCUUGCAUCAGAGACAAGAGUGA